UGUGUGUGUGUGUGAGAGAGAGAGUGGAUCGAUUGCGCUUGCUCACUCUCGCGUGUGUGUGUGAUCAUAUGGCCAAACCCUACAGCGUUCCUAUAUAAACCCUGCCGCGCGUGUGCGUGGUGCGGGGCUGCUUCACACACACACACACACUUCUUUCCAGCGCACUGCAGCUGCAGUCAGCUCGAGCACACUGCAACAAUGUCUCACGGAUGGGGAUACGCAGCGGACAACGGACCUGACACAUGGGUCGAGACGUACCAGCUGGCCGCGAAAACCCGCCAGUCCCCCAUAGACAUCGUGUCCGGGGAGGCGGAGCAUGACCCCAGGCUGGCGCACCUCGCGCCCCGCUACGACCCCUCCACCUCGCUGGACAUCCUCAACAACGGCCACUCCGUGCAAGUGACCUUCGCCGACGACACGGACAGCUCGAGCCUGACAGGAGGCCCCAUUUCUGGCACCUACAGGCUGAAGCAGUUCCAUUUCCACUGGGGAUCCAGCGAUGACAAAGGCUCGGAGCACACCAUUGAUGGAAAAACGUACUCUGCUGAGCUCCAUCUGGUACACUGGAAUACUGCAUAUUCCAGCUUUGGAGACGCUGUCAACGAGUCUGAUGGUCUUGCAGUCAUUGGAGUCUUUUUGGAGAUUGGUGAUGAAAAUCCUCAGCUCCAGAAGGUUCUUGAUGCACUGGACGGCAUUAAGACUAAGAACACACAGACCUCAUUUGCAGACUUCGACCCCACCACGCUGCUGCCCAGCUCUCUGGACUACUGGACAUAUGAUGGCUCCUUGACCACACCCCCUCCUCUGGAGUGUGUCACAUGGAUUGUGUGCAAGCAGUCCAUCAGCGUUAGCUCUGCCCAGAUGAAGAAAUUCCGUGGCCUGCUCUUCUCUGCUGAGGGGGAACCAGAAUGCUGUAUGGUGGAUAACUACCGCCCCCCUCAGCCUCUGAAGGGCCGCAAGGUCCGCGCCUCUUUCAAGUGAGCCGCCGCUGGAUUCUUCCCCCUGACCCAGCCCCUUCACCCCAUCGUAGUGAACUGGGAGGCGUGCCUCCACACCUGUCCAUUUUAUAGCUUCAUGUCAAACUCAAUCUUCGUGGUCACCCAACCAGCAGGAACUCUAGUGUAGGUGCAGAGGUGUCCUUGCUUCUUCUAGUGUCAUGCCUGGUCCUUUUCUCGUCCACUAUAUGUCCAAAAGUAUCCAGACACUUGCUCAUCCAACAUUUCUUACAAAAUCUUAUUUUGAAUUAAAUCGUAUUUAUAGCAAUAAUGAUCUGCAGGAUUUCUACUAGAUGUUGAAAUGUUGCUGCUGCUCACAGGAGCUCUGAUGUUCCUCAAUAGAACAUGAUUUCCAUCAUACAAUGUCAAAUCCAUUGUUGGGGAGCUUUACACCCCUCUAGGCAUAUGCAAUUGAGCAUUGUAAAUGUUCGUGUGCAGCUGCUCUGAAGCAUCAUUCUACUGGCAAUGUUUUUCUAAAGAGAUUAUGGCUGUUACGUGUGCAUUUUAACACCUACAGUUUGAACACCCCUGGUCAAAUGACAUGUCUUAUUGAUUUUUCUAAAUGAGUGAGUUAACUAUAAUACACAAUCUUAAAUAUGCAUAAAAUGCUAAUUUUACAGCACAUUUCCUGGGAAAAAUAAAUAACACAUGCCACAUUUUAUGUUUGAUAUUUUCCCCAAAAUGUUAAAUUCAGGUAAUAAACAGCAAUAUGAAAUUGUGCUAAAGUGUUCUGUGUAAAGGAUGUGUGCUUAUUUUUAUCAAUAAAACAUGGAAUUUGACUGGGGUGCCCAAGCCUUUGCAUACAAUUGUGUAAAGAAAAAGCCUGGUAGAUAUUCAUAUGUUUAUCUAAGCUAAACAACAACAAAUGCUAAAUGAAUGCUAGCUUAUCAAAGCUAAGCUAGAUAAACAACAAAAGGAAAAGGAGAGCUAACUAGCUAACUAGUCAGCUAACUAGCUAGCUAACUGUUAACUAUUACCUCAUUUCUUAAUGCAUACUAAGUUGUUUAGUCCACACAGCUGAGCUAGCCACAUUUUAUUCGCAUGUUGUGUUGUCAUUGGAUUCUUGAUGUCAAAGUUGAAGCUGAAGCUGAAUCCGCUUAUUUGCAGGGCUGUUUGGAUGCUUUUGGACAUAUAGUUUAUGUAGGGCUGCCUUAUAAAGGCAGAGUUGCUGUGAUUUUGCAUAUGGUGCCAAUGUUGCCCGAGCCACCCUGAUGCUAAUUCCCAUAGGUCGUACACAAAAACAAACAACCAAACACAUGAGCAAAGAGAAAAAACCCUCCAUGCAGGGAUGUGUUCAUAGGAAAUGUCUUCAGUGCAGUGGGGAAUAGGCAGGUAGCCCUGCCUACAUGCACCAGUGAUGCUGGCACGAGAUAAACGUCUGGCCAUCUGUGAUGGGUACUGUCGAUCCAGCUAGGCCGUAAUCUCUCUCUCUCUCUCUCUCUCUCUCUCUCUGCCUGCUUCAGGAUCACUGCAGCUUAACGAAGCCCAGCGCGUGCUGCCUUUCCGGCAGAGUGAACCCUAAAAUCCCCUCUGGCACACACACACACGCACACAUGCCCACAUGGCACAGUACGUUCGGGCUUACUGAGAAGCACAUGCACACAUUCGCUAUACGCACAACGGAUUCUGUCAAAGGAGAUUUGCAGUGGUCCCAAUUUUAUUGCUUGUGCCUCUAACCCUUGAACUGAUUGUUUUAGGUUUGCGUUUGGUCUCAUCCACAGUAAUGUAAAAUGAAUUGCAGUCUUGCUGUGGAGGCUUAAGCAGUGUAUGUUUGUUUUUUAAUGAUUUCCAGAACAUCAUUUAUGAACAGAUGGUCAUUGCUGUGUUGUCCUUAAUCUUUUUUGACAAAAGGAGGAAAAAUCAUGCAUACUAUUUUAGCCAUAGAGUACGCAGGUGACGGUAGAAACCAACCAGCUAACAAAAACACCUGAAUGUGUUCCCCCAACCCCCAAGCUUGUCAUGUAAAAUCAUGGGACCAGAAAAUUGUGUCUUAUAUGCUUUUGUGAGGAUUAGUCGUUUCAAAUGAAACUGAAAGCGUCCGAUGUGUUAAUUAUAUUAGAUUAUGAAUACUGUUUAGGAUGACAUUAUGCUGUCUGCUAUUUUGGAAGAAUAUAUUUUAAUUAAAGAUAUUAUAUGACUUACAUUUUAGUGUCGUUUUUGUGUACUUGCAAAAAUUGGUAAAUAAAAUAUAUUAAUUAUAAAAA